UCACUUCCGUUUUACGAGCAACCCGGAAGUGUCGAGUUUUUAAACAUUUUAGUAUUUUUUUUUUUUUGUCUUCAUAAGGUGUUUUCAUGCCGUUUCACCGCAGAUAUGCCACGUUAUUGUGCUGCAAAGUUUUGUUCAAACCGCGGGGGGACAGCUUCAAGAAAAGACAGCAAGAGAAUCAGCUUUUACCCGUUCCCAUUGCAUGACAAGCCCAGGCUUCAGAAGUGGGUGGGCAACAUAAAGCGGGAAGACUGGACCCCAAGUCGACAUCAGUAUCUGUGCAGCGACCAUUUUACAGAGGACUGUUUUGACAUUCGAUGGGGAAUCCGUUAUUUGAAGAAUACGGCCAUUCCUACUCUUAUCUCUUUAGUUAAUAAUGAUGAAGAGAAAAAAGCGACCAGGAGUGAAAGAAGCCUCGAGUCCAAAUGGCGCCCUUCAGAGGCUGAAGCUGAGUUCAGACAAUCUGUGCCACCUUCCACUAAGAGACCUCUUAUUUUGAGGAAAGCGUGCAGACGGAUUGAGGCAAACACUGAUAAAAAUGUUUCAGAACACUUAAAAGGGACAUUUGAGCCUCCUGUGGGGCCAGCAUCCGAAAAAAACUUUCAACCAAGUCYUCCAGAGACGCAAAUCAGCAUCUGUGAGGUAACUGUUGACGCUGGAAGGCCAGCAGCAUCUUCACACAUCGGCGAGCAGCGUGCUGUGCUGUGUUGUGAAACUCUGAAGCCUUUCUCCAGGAGAGAGGCAAACGUGGAUCCUGUCGCCGUCCGAGCCGCACCGGGUCAGACUUCUCAGUUUGCCUCGUUGGAAGUGGUCGAGGAGAAACCUGCGGACUGUUUAGUGGAAGAGACGGGACCUGGAGAGGAAAUGCAUAUUUCAUUUUACGAGCACUCGUACUCCAGACCGGAUGUCGACAAAGACGAGAUGUGGAAUCGGAUGUUGGGUUUGCACACAAAGAUUUUAGAACUGGAACACAGGGAGGAGAACACUGUGGCUAAAAUCCGAGCCCUGGAGAAUGAGAUCAUUCUUCUGAAGAAGGAUGGGGCUAUUUUUAGAGCGAGGCAGAAAAUUUUAGAAGAUUACAUAUCAUCUGUUGUGCUAUGAUAGGAUAUUGUUCUUUUUAUUUAUUUAUUUUAAAGGAUGAAAUCCUUGUGUCUCUAAAAGUCAACAAUUUCCUCCUCCUAUAGAAGCUUUUCUGAUUAUGUCCACCAGGUGGCACUGUUCACCACUCAUAUUAAACAAACAGCAUUACAGAGAAGUUUAACUCACAUGUCUUACAUUUUGUAUUUAAAAGGCAAAAAAAACAACAACAUGCAGAAUUGAAAGUUUAGCAUUCUGUGAAAGAAUUCAAAUAUUUCAUGCUAGAAUUUUAGUCUAAAAUCAUGUUUGAUAAUUAUUACUGUUCUUGGAUGGGCUACAUAACUAAUAGUGGUUCUGUUUUUGCUUUAUUUUCUCUUAUUUGGUAAAGUUUCCAGUCAGUUAUUUAGUUCUCUCUAUUGUAUAAUGUGUACAUGUAAGAAGGGUUGCCAUAUUUCCUCURUAAUUUACAUCUGAAUAGUAUUAAAUUGACUGUGAUGAUUCAUAGUGACUCAUAGAGAA